CCACUCCCUGUCUCCCCCCCUCUCUCCACUCCCUGUCUCCCCCCCUCUCUCCACUCCCUGUCUCCCCCCCUCUCUCCACUCCCUGUCUCCCCCCCUCUCUCCACUCCCUGUCUCCACUCCCUGUCUCCACUCCCUGUCUCUCCCCUCUCUCCACUCCCUGUCUCUCCACUCCCUGUCUCCCCCCUCUCUCCACUCCAUCUCCUCCUCUCUCUCCUCCCUGUCUCCCCCCCUCUCUCUCCUCCCUGUCUCCCCCCUCUCUCUACUCCCUGUCUCCCUCCCUCUCUCUCCUCCCUGUCUCCCCCCCUCUCUCCUCCCCUCCCUGUCUCCCCCUCUCUCCUACAGGGUGUGUGUCAUGCGUCUCUGAGCUCGGAGCAGCUCUCUCUGUGCUAUGCCAACCGUUCUGCAGCGCUAUUCCACCUCCAGCGCUACAGGGACUGCCUGGAGGACAUCGACAGAGCCCUGAACCAUGGCUACCCAAGUCACCUGAAGCACAAACUACAGGACAGACAGGCACGGUGCCUCCACCACUUCCCCAACGGGACAGAGGGGAUAACCACCACCAGGCAGAGGGCAGGGCACCAGGCAGAGGGGGUGUGUAGCAGGACCAACCCAAAGUCCCCAAACUCCCAGCAGCAGAAUGGGAGUGCCCCCGUGCCGUGUCUCUCCCCUGGUUUGUCCGUGUGCUUCAGCCCUGAAAAAGGGCGACACCUGGUGGCCACCAAGGGAAUCGCGGCCGGAGAGGUGAUAUUGGAGGACAGGGCUUACAGCUGUGUGCUUAUACCAGGGAUGGGGGGAAGGAGAACAGAGGAGACGGAGGAAGCAGGAAGAAUGUUUGGGACCGAGGCGAGGUACUGUCAUCAGUGUUUGGGGGAGACGGUGAACCCUGUGCCAUGUGAGGGGUGCAGCUACGCCCGCUACUGCUCAGAGGGGUGUCGGAGGGGCGCGUGGGAGUGGCAUCAUCGCUGGGAGUGUCCAAUCGGAGCCGAGCUGAGUACUGCGGGAGUGAUGUCACAGCUGGCACUGAGGGUGGCGUUAAAAGCGGGGGUGAAGGAGGUACUGAAGGCACGGGAACCACGGGAACCAAUCAGAGACGCGGAUAAUGAUUCUAAACUAAUCAGAGAGAAGAUUAGCUCCAAGAAUUCCAAUUCUAAGCCAAUCACAGAAAAGAUCCGCCCAAAGAUGAAGAAUUCUGGGUCCAGUGACGCCACAUCAACUGAGCCGGAGGUCAACGACCCCUCUGCUUAUUACCAUGGUGAUUCCUACCUGAGCGUCUACCACCUGCUGCCUCACCUGAAUGGCCACGCCCCCAGCCUGCGCUUCUUGUGCUCUGUCACCAUAGCAACGCUCUACCUACGGCUGCGCCAGGCGGGACCUCCACCUGUGUCCUGGGAGAGGGGAGGAGCCUCAGAAAUCAUGACGUGCAGUAACCAAUCGCGGGCCUCCGAGGAGGGAGAGGGCUGGGCUCCGGAGCUCAGCCUGCUGGGAAGUGUAGCUCUGAGGCACAUGCUGCAGCUGAGAUGUAAUGCCCAGGCAGUGAGCCUGCUCAGAGACACAGGUGAUUUUACAGCGGUGCAGUCCACCCAGGAAGUGCGCAUCGCCACGGCAAUAUUCCCCACAAUGAGUAUCCUAAACCACUCCUGCUGCCCCAACACAAGCCUCAACUUCAGGACCUCUCACCUGGUCCCACCUCAACCGGACCGAGGCUCUGCUGAUGAACUGGUUUCCACUGAGCCUGUUUCUACUGGUCCGGAGGCCUGUUCUGCUCCCGUCUCAGCUGGAGUAGCUGUCUCUAUCAGAGCAUCCAGAGACAUCUGUCCUGGACAGGAAGUCCUCCACUGUUACGGUCCUCACAGCAGCAGGAUGGUGUUGUGUGAGCGUCGGCGACUCCUACAGGAGCAGUACCACUUCCUGUGUGUCUGUCAGGCCUGCAGUCUGGAGCAGGGGGAGGGGCCAGAGGGCGGAGGGGCGGGGCCAGACACACAUCUGCAGUGUGGGAAGUGCGAGGGACCUGUACAGCAGUGCAGCGUGGACGGUGCAGGGUGGUUCGUGUGUGUGCGGUCGUCUUGCGGUCAUCGUGUGUCACGCUCUGAAAUGGACCUCAGACUGCAGGAGGUCAGAGUUCAGCUGGAGCAGGCAGUGGACCUCCUGGAGACAGACAGACCAGCCCAGUCUGUCAGGUUGUUACAGAGAGCAGUGUCUCAGGCUGGUGUCUUCCUGAAAGAGACUCAUUCUCUACAGGGGCAGCUGGCUGAUACCAUGGCCAGAGCAUAUUCCACUAUGGGUGAGUGGCGAGGGGCAGCGAGCCAGUUGGAGCGUAGUGUUUUAGCCAUCCGUUCCCAGUAUGGACAGGACAGUGUUGAACUGGGACGGCAGCUCUUUAAACUGGCACAGCUACACUUCAAUGGAGGUUUCCCAGGUCCAGCUCUCUCUGUGAUCUCCAGUGCCAGAAGACUCCUGUCCCUCCACUGUGGACCCCACUGUCCUGAGCUACAGGAACUACAGUCCAUGGAGGACUGUCUGCAGGGGGUGUUGUAGGACUGGGGGUGUUGUAGGA